CAGCAGCGGACCCGGUGCUCCCCCUUGCGCGUUGCCAAGCAACGGGCGUUCUUCGCAUCCCGUGGAAAGCGCGAGACGCAGUGAGAGUCGAGCCGUGUUUGAGAGUGUACACUGUCCCGGAGCGCGUCUACUUCGAUUGUAUUUUCUUAUACAGGAGCUGGCCGGACAAUGAAGUGACUUCCUCCAUCGAGUCCGGUCGACGAUGAAAGAAACGGCGGCGGUGGCGUCGCCCAGCUCGAAAAAGAGCCCCCUUAGCAAGGUACUCACUCACUUUUGGUCACCCGUUCACAGAUUCACGACUCACGAAAAUCGACAAGGUCCGGGUCUCCUCAUGGUCCCCAAAACCGCCGGCAUCCUCAACCACCGCCGCGCCGGCUCGACCGGCACCACCGGCGACGAGUCCUACACCACCGACGAGGAGGACAACGUCGAGAUCGACGAGCCCGACCUCCGGGUCACCUCCAACAAGCUCUUCAACCAUGACAGCAGCGACUUCGGCUCGUUCUCGGACAUCGCCACUAUCACCGACAAGGUGAUGCACCGGAACAGCUCGGACAGCUCGGUCUACAGCGACCUGGGGCUGGACAAGCUCGACAAGGGCGAGGACCAGGGUGACUGGGCCCGCCAGGUGGUGGGCGCCAAGGAGCAGACCUUCGCCCGCCUCCAGGACGAGCUGCGCGACGCCCACCAGGAGCUCAAGCUCAAAGACGAGGAGGUCGCCCGCCUCUCCAGGAUACGGCAGGACGUCGAAGCCGAACUCGAGGACCUGACGGCGAGCCUCUUUCAGGAAGCCCACAACAUGGUCCGCGAAGCGAACGAGAAGCAAGCGGCUGCCGAGAAGUCCCUCAAAGAAAGCCAAAUGAAAGUGGACGUGCUGACGGCGGAAGUGGCGGCUCUGAAGACGCUGGUUUUGACGUCGACGCCGAGCAGGCCGAACCCGCACCUGCACCCGCAGAUCGACAGCCGCAUGAAGGAGGAGAACAAGAAGCACCGCAGGUCGCCGAGCCACUUCAACCUGAAGUACGGGCGCGAGAAUUCGCCGCCCGAGUCGCCGGUGAAGGAGGUGCACCAUAUUCCGUGCGAGGUCGAGAGCAAGGAGGGGCUGGAGGUGGACCCGAAUUUCCACAGGGAGUUCCUGGCGUGGAGGCAGAAGCCGCGUUUGGAUAAGGAGGAUCCGUUCGUGAGGAGGGUCUACGAGGAGGAUAUAGAUCUGUGUUUGGCUUUUAAUAACGAGGAGCUGUCGAGGAGGGUGAAGGCGGCAGUGGAAACGGGGACGAUACUCAUUGAGGCUGUGGGGGACAGAACGAAGGCUAUGUUUCCUAAAAAAUGCGCUUUACUCGAGGUGCCAAGGCUGUGUUUCUAUCGAAUGAAUAUUGGUGAGCCAGACAACUGGUACAGCAUAUCACAGAUAUGUAGGAAUAGAAUAAUUGCCGUUUGUGAUUUUUUAAACUAUCUCAAAUACAUCGAACGCGGUUUAGUGAAAAGUUCCGCACAUGACGUCUACUGGGAGAUCAUACGAUUGCGAAAAGAUAUGGUUUUAGCAAGACUCGGACUGAACCUGAGCUCCUGACGUUAGUGUUUUCAACAUAACGACGUGCCAACAAGAUCUGACAACUCAAGCCAAAGACUUUAUUUGUACAUACAAGUAGUUGCUUUUCAGAUAUUAUAUUUUAGUCUUCCCCAGAUUUUAACUGUAAAUAGCAAACCCAAAUGUAUCUAAAUGUUGACUCUUCUUUUUUAAUAAAUUCUAUAAGAAAAAAUAAA